UUAUAGGUUAGGUUAGAUUCAAAAGUUUUAGUAAUAUGAAUUUGUGCUCAAGAGUCUGUAGAAUAUUAUACAGAACAAGUAUCUUUUAUAAAGUAAAUAAUUAUAAUACAAUUAAAAAUGUAAAAGAUGUGGAUAUUGAAAAAAUUAGAAAUAUGGGAAUUUUGGCUCAUAUCGAUGCUGGAAAAACGACAACCACUGAACGAAUGCUGUAUUUUGCCGGAAUAAUAGAUCAAAUGGGCGAAGUUCAUCAUGGCAACACAGUUACUGACUAUAUGGAUCAAGAACGUGAAAGAGGCAUCACCAUAACUUCUGCAGCUGUCACAUUUAACUGGAAAAAGAAUCUUAUUAAUCUUAUUGAUACACCGGGCCACAUAGAUUUCACAAUGGAAGUGGAACAAACUUUAAAUGUCUUGGACGGAGCUGUAGUUGUUUUGGAUGGUUCAGCAGGGGUUGAAGCACAAACGCAAACAGUGUGGAGACAAGCUGACAGAUAUAACAUUCCUAGAAUAAUUUUUGUCAAUAAAAUGGAUCGCUUAGAUGCAGAUAUUAAAAUGUGCUGUGAAGCAAUCAAAAAUAAAUUGGAAAAACCUUAUCUAUUACUGCAAUUACCUGUUAGAGAAAAUGGCAAACUUACAGGUAUAAUUGAUGUUUUAAGCAUGGAGCUGCUGAAUUAUGGCGCGGUCAAUGAAAAACAAGUUACGAAAACACCUUUGACGGAAGACCAAUGUCCUAAAUAUUGGAGUGAAGCUAAAAACGCACGUAUGAUAUUGAUCGAUAAAUUAACUGACCACUGUGACGAGUUAGCAGAUACAGUCAUAUCAUCAGAAUCUUUAGAAAACAUAGCCACAGUCGAUAUUGUGAAAGCCUUGAACGCAAUUACAUAUAAUCAGAAAGCAGUCCCAGUAUUAUUAGGAAGUGCCUAUAAAAAUAUUGGAAUACAGGCGCUAAUGGAUGCUGUCGUACUAUAUCUUCCAUCUCCAGUGGUGAAAAAUGACCGUUAUACUUGUUUUGAAUCCAGUUUGUGUGCGGGAGCGUUUAAAGUUGUGCAUGACAAACAAAGGGGAUCAUUAGUUUUUAUUAGGAUUUAUAAUGGAACUUUGAAUAAAGGACAAAAAAUCUAUAGUAUUCAACAGGAUUGUUCAGAACAAAUAGGACGACUAUACGUGGCAUAUGCCGAUGAGUUCACAGAAGUCGAUAGUGUGAAAAAUGGAAAUAUAGCGGUGGUCGCUGGAUUGAAAAAAAUCAGAUCUGGCGAUUUGAUAACUAGUACCCAAUCAGCAUAUCAAAAAGCUAAAAGAAACAUAACUCAGUCGUUAAAUGAAAGAUCUGGAGAAAUCGAUGCAGAAAAGAUUCUUGGAGUAGGCGUUACUAUACCCGAACCGGUAUUUUUUUGUUCUAUUGAACCGCCGAGUCUGGCCGCGCAGGCUUCAUUGGAACAAGCUUUAACGGAAUUACAGAGGGAGGAUCCAAGUUUAAGGGUGACGUAUAAUUCUGAGACUGGCCAAACUGUUUUAGCAGGAAUGGGCGAGCUCCAUUUGGAAAUAAUCCGUGACCGCAUUUUGAAGGAAUAUAAAAUAGAGGCAGAUCUCGGACCUUUGCAGAUUGCCUACAGAGAAUCUCCGAUUAAAAAAUUGACAGACACCAGCACAUUAGAAACCAAAAUUGGAAAUAGUAAACAAUCUGUUACUGUAACAUUGUCUCUCCUUCCGACAGAACAGAAGGAAGAUAUUGGCAACGUAAUGAAACUGGACAAAAGUCCCGAAGCUGCCAGUAAUAUCGCCAGUAUUUUUCCUAAACAUUUGUUGGCGGUCAAGCAAGGUAUUGAGACUGGAUUAGCCCACGGACCCAAAAUUGGUUCACAGGUGAUAAACACGUAUGUGAUGCUACAUAAUCUGGAAGUGGGGAGAGGGACAUCAGAAACCAUGGUAACUGCCACUGUGACGCAAGUAGUCCAAAAGCUUGUCAAGAAUUCAGGAACGGAUAUUUUAGAACCUGUAAUGUUUUUGGAAGUUGUUGCACCAGAGGAAUAUUUGUCAGUGGUAUUAGCUGAUUUGUCUCGACGUCGAAGUGUUAUAAAAGACGUUACGAUGAGAGGCAAAAGUAAGGCUGUUCUAGCUGAUACACCUCUGUCUGAGCUGCUGGGAUAUGCGACUGUCCUAAGGACCUUAACCUCGGGCAUGGCAACAUUUACUAUGGAAUUUAAUCAGUACAAAAAAAUGUCACCUAUCGAUGAAGAUAAUGCUAUUCGUAGUGUAAGAGGAUUUUAAGAUAAUAUAAAAGUACAAAUAUCUUUGUGAUUUUAAUAGUAAUAUUACGUGCAUUUUCAA